AUGUAUCAUGAAUGGGUUGAGGCGAUCGAAUGGCUACGAAAGGAGACGAUUGUUACUUCUAUUAUAAUACUGAAUCCGUUGAAGAGUGAGUUGUUAUGUUGCUUUGAGAUUCAACCGAGUGGCCGCCUCAAGCCCAACUGUCCUUUCAAGCAUUUCAAGCCGAGAAAUGUGAGCACACUGGGAACGAGCUCAAUGCCGGUGAUGUCAACGACACAGCCAGUUGUUGCUGUCAGACCGUCUGUUCGUGCUUCCACCAACUUGGUUCAAGCACAGGACAAGGAGACACCAAAUUUCCUUGGAGUUGUAAAGGAAGGGAUGACGUCUCUAUCAGCCCAGUCAGACAACAAAGGAACAUCAAAUUUGACUGUUAGUGGGCAGAUAGUCACACCAAGAAAACCAAUAGGACAUGUGAAGAAGAUUGCAUAUAUUUGGAAGGUUGGAUCAAUGAAUGGCAUGUCAAAGUAGUGUCCAGCAAAAUCAUGCCACCAUUCAAGCUGCUAGUGCAACAGCUGCGACAUUUGUUUAUCAGUUUACGAUGCUGUAUAAUUCAAUUCUAACCAGUUAGUCAUUACCGGUUGGAUAUAAUAAUAUAAAUACACAC